UCCAACUUAAUUUUUUACAUGGAUAUAUUAAUGAAAUUUAUUUAUUUAACCCUGAGCUAAGCCUUAGUCUUUGCUGAAGAAUGAAAUGAGAAAUCAUCAAUGAUUCUUGAGUUAUAACUGAAAAACUAAGCAAACAAACAUCAAGAUAAGGUAAGAAAUAUAAAAGGUCAUAAAAAAAAAGUUUGGCCUGAGAACGUCAAACCCUUUGGAGGUUUUACUAUAUUGACCUAGUACUUUCAGCCUGACUUAAAAUUUUUCACCCCCCAGAAUGGCUGUUGUACUGUGUUAUUAAUUUAGCAUGAAACUAGUAAAUACCUAAUUUAAAGCAUUAUUCCUAAAUCAAAAAAGCUUGUUUUUUGCAAUUCAUUCAUUGUGGUAAAAAUUUUAACUUACAAUUUAAAAAAAAUUAAAAAAUAUUCGGCAGAGUAUUCGGUGCUCCGGCCAAAUUAUAGGCCGAAUAUUCGGUAUUCGGUUAUUCGGCCAAAACCCGCUUCGGUCCAUCCCUACACGGAAUGGGUUAGCAACUUGUUAUUAAUAAAAAAAUCGAACAGUUUUCGUGUAUGUCUAGACCCAAUACCCUUGAACAAAGCGUUAAAAAGGCCGCACUAUCAGUUCAAUACAUUAGAUGAAAUACUACCGGAAUUAGGUAAAGCAAAGGUAUUUUCUACGGUCGUUACAACAAAAGGAUUUUGGCAUCUGACAUUUAUUUAUUUUAUUUAUUUUUGAAUAAAUAAAAUGACAGAGAAAAGUAGCAAAUUGACGACAUUCUGGACACCAUAUGGUAGAUAUCGGUGGCUACGAUUACCAUUUGGAAUUGCCCCAGCGCCAGAAUUAUUUUCGAUAUAAAUGCAAGAAAUUCUGAAUGGUUUAGAAGGUUUAGAUGGACGAGGGGACACUAUGGGAGAAGCUAUGAGCGACCAGAAUCUGAAGAACUUGUUUACACAAUUAAGAACAAGAAAUGUUAAACUUAACAAAUCAAAAUUGAAUUUAUGCAAAAGUGAAGUCAAGUUCUAUGGACAUGUUCUAAGCAACGAAGGGCUCAAACCAGACCUAUCUAAAAUAAAAGCAAUUACUGAUAUGCCGGAGCCUAAAAACAAACAAGAUUCACAUAGAUUUCUAGGUAUGGUGAAUUAUUUAGGACGUUACAUCAAGAAUUUAAGUUGCAAAACAGUGGAAUUAAAGUUUCUUUUAGUAUACGAAUAAAGACAUAUAUUAUUAUUAUAAGAGACUAGAUUUAUAUGCUUUUGCAUGUUUUGCAUAUAACUUCAUAUUUUGCAUUUUUAUCGCAUAUAAAUUUAGUUAUCCAUAUAGUUCGAUAUAAUCGCAUGUAAUUUCAUAUGAGCGCAUAUUUUGUCCACAUUUCAAUAUAACAGCAGUUAAUUUGAUACUGGCGGUAUCUAAUAGUAGACAGAGAAUUAAAAGUGCGACAGUGGUCUGCUUUACAACAUAACUUUAAUUGUGUCGUUCCCAGCCGAUUUUCGUAACAUAACCUCUAAAUCAUUUCAAGCCACACAAGUGUUCAAGUGAUUUAUACGUUAAGUUAGUGUGUUAAAAAAACAAUAAAUCAUAAUGCCGAAAGUGGGUUCUUCUAAGGCCGAAUUGCUUAGGAAGUGGAUAAAAAUAUCUAAUCAUCUAGUGACUGACGGGAAAGUUGGUUUUUGCAACACCUGUUCCAAACAAGUACAUAUAAAUUAAAAUUUGAAGGUUUUUUUUUCUAGAAGUCGUUGAUUUUUAAGGUGGCGUGUAAUUAAAAAUAUCAAAUUGAUCAGCAUUUAUCAACAACUCUCCACCAAGAAUCGAAAAAAAGAUCAGGUAGCAAAUUCAACCAACAACAAAUCGCUGGAAAUGAGUUUUUUUUUUUUCGAUUUAUGCAACGCCAUGGCCCAAUUAAAUAUACCAUGGAACAAAUUGGAAAAUCCAGAAACUUUACUGUUUCAUAUUUAUAGCUAUUGUCGUUGUAAAUAAUAUCUUUUUAUGCUGUUUUGUAAUCUUUAUAUAUUAUAUUUAUAUACUAUUUGUUACAAUGCAACAUUAAAAGUAGUAUUUAUGUAACACAUAUGCGUUCUUUUUUGUUUUAACCGCAUAAUAUAUUUCAUAUUUCCGGAAUAUUACUGCAUAUUCUGACCAAUUUCAACACAUAUAAAAAACUUAUAAGGUGAGUGUCCCAAUUGUUGACAGGGAUCGAAUAGUUGACAAUUUGUUUUGUUAACGUGAUAUUAAGAAUGGUAUUUAUGAUAGGUUGAUGUAUGCGGCCUUAUUUUAAUCUCUAAAGUAUGUACUCCCAUGCAAAAAAAAAAAUUUGGCAGUAUCGGUCACGAUAGAAACUAUUGGCGCGAAAUUAGUUCCGAGUGUAAGUACCUUCAUUGAACAUCUCCUGAUAUUUAGCGUUUUGUUUAAGGUAAGUAACACGCAAAAAUUAUUUAUUUCAAUGUUAUUGUGUUUGUUUCUAUAUUACCUACUGUAUAGUAACAAUUAUAAGGCAUAUACAUACAUGUUUUUAUAAACAUUAUAAACUAAAAUCAUGUUUGAGAUUAGAAUAGGAGGGUUGUCAACUAUUAGAACAUACUUGACAGUGGUGUCAACUAAAGGACCAAUACCAUUUUCGCGAACGUUUUAUAUUUUCAAGGUAAAACUAGUUGGUGAAUGGUAUAAGACAACAUAUGUUCAAAUGACUUAUAUAGGACAGACGGGUCCAAUAAUUGACAUACCUGUCAACUAUAAGAACAUGUGACAUGUCAACUUCAGGAACAUCAGACGCAAUAAAUUAUUAAAAAUAAAUAAAAAUUAUAUUCUCUGGAAGAUUUACAAAAUGCCAUUGCGGCAGUAAAGCGUGGUUCAUCAGUAAAUGCUGCCAGUAAAAACUUUAACGUUCCUCGAACUACAAUUAAAUACAAACUAGAAGGAAAGUAUGAGCUAGAUUGCCGAAUGGGCCCCGAAACAACACUUACAAAGGACGAAGAGGAAACUUUGGUAAAGUGGAUAUGUUCAGUUGCCGAUGCCGGGUUUACUGUAACUAGACUCCAACUUUUGGAUUCAGUUCAAAUGUUAUUAAAAAAAUUAAAUAGGCUUAAUAAAUUUACCAAAAACCGACCAGGCAGAAAAUGGUAUAAAUGCUUUUUGCGUCGGCAUCCUAUUAUUUCAGAACGACUGACUCAAAAUCUGACUAAAGCCCGUUCUGAAGUUACAGAACAAAAAAUCCGUAAUUGGUUUAAUGAAGUUACUGACCACUUUAAAGCGAAAAAUAUUGAAGACGUCCUUAAAGAUCCAAGUAGAAUAUUUAACCUGGAUGAAACGGCGUUUUUCAUGGCUCCUAAAGGUAUUAAAUGUUUAAUGCGAAAAGGUGAAAAACUAGCUUACAAUUUUAUUAGCAACGACGAUAAAGAGUGUUUAACUACUCUUAUAACAGUUUGUGCUAACGGUUCUAUUCUACCACCUAUGAUCAUGUUCAGUUACGAGAGAAUACCGGCAUCAGUAUCUAGUUUAAUGCCCACCGGAUGGUGCGUGGGCAAAUCAGAAUCCGGGUGGAUGACUGGCCAAACAUUUUUUGAAUACAUCGCGAACUGUUUUUAUCCCUGGCUUAUAGAAAAUAACGCUGAAUUUCCAGUCGCAUUAUUCGUAGAUGGACAUGUUUCUCAUCUGACAUUGGAAUUAAGUGACUUUUGUGUGGAAAAAAAGAUAGAACUUAUAGCACUUUUCCCAAAUUCAACUCACAUUCUUCAACCGAUGGAUGUGUCAAUUUUCCACCCCUUAAAAAAUAGUUGGAAAACUGGUGUUCAACAGUAUAAAAUUGAUAAUGAUGGUGGUAAAAUAAAAAAAGAAAAUUUUGGUCCUCUACUUAAAAAAGUGAUUGAUCAGGCAAUAACACCUAGCAUGAUUAAAAACGGAUUUAAAACAUGUGGCUUAUUCCCCUUUGACCAGAAUGGUAUUCCGUAUGAUAAAUUCUUUAAGAAUAGAGACCGUCCACAGAGUGUAAAUGAACAACAAAAAAUUUAUCAGACGACAAAGAAAGAAGUAAACUUUUUUGAAUAUAAAAUAGGACCCGAAAAAAUAACUAGGUUUAAAGAAUCUGGUGACAUUUGGGAAGGUAACGUAGAGGAUACUGCGUUAUUUAAUUUUUGGAGGCUGUUAUCUGAAGAAGUUGAAGAUCAUACCAUGGCAACUGGUAACAAUGAAUCUUCUCGCCAUCUUGAAGACGGACAAAAUGACGCUAGUUAUUUGGAAGAAAUAAAUAAUGAUGAUACCGAUUAUCGUCAUCAGUUUGUUCAGUUGACCCCACCAAACCAACCAAUACGUCAGUUAUCCGUUGAAAUAGAAAAGAGUGAGCCUAGACCAGCAAUUGACAUGUCGAAUAAAACAAAUAACUCUAUUCCCAGUACCUCAAAAGAUAUUCCAUCUCCAUUUAAAGGAGCACUCUUUUGGCCAAAACCAAUUACUAAGAAAACUGUAAGAAAAAUUAAAGAAAAGAUACCAUCGGUAGCAACGUCCGAUCAGUGGCGAGACUAUCAUCAAAGAAAAGAAUUGGAGAAACAAAGGAAGGAACAAGAAAAAGAAGAACGCAAGAGAAAAAGAGAACUAGCAAAAAUAGAAAAAGAAAACAAGUUCAAGUCCAGAAAAAAGAUUAAGCCUAGCACAGAAAACGAUGAAUCCUCUUCGGAGUCCUCGGUUAAAAUGAAUAUUCAAUCCGAAGGAGAAGGAGAUGGUUGGAAUCAACAGUACGAGGCUAAAUCUGAUGGCGAUGGUAAUGAGAAACAUGAAUUUUUGAAGGACAUAUCUCCCAAUGAUUUUGUAAUAAUCCGUUACGAUGAUCAUUAUUACCCAGGAAAAGUGGUUGAAAAGAAUGAAAGAAAAAAUGAAUAUAAAGUGUCUACUAUGGCACGGAGCGGAAUAAAAGACUGGAAAUGCCUAACUACAAAGAUAUUAUGUGGUAUCCCAAAAAUGACAUACUUGAAAUAAUAAAUGAACCUUGUCAGAAAACCUCGCGAGGGUUCUUUUCUGUACCAGAGAUGGAAAAAUAUUUUCCUGAAAUGUAUUAACUUUUAACUUUUAGAUUAUAAAUAUUAGUUUAAAAUUUUUAAAUCAGCGUUUCUCAACCUGUGGUACGCGUACCCCCAGGGGUACGUGAAAUGGUCUCAAGGGGUACGCGUAAAAGAAGAUGUAAUGGCGGACUAAGUAAAGAGAAAAGAUAAAAAGCUGUUGUAAUAAAUGGCAUUUCCAUCCAAAUAACAUUUAAUUAUGACAAAUCAAAAUAAGUAAUUGUUUUCUGAAUGAUGCCGAGUAUUUUUAUUACACAAAACGACAA